GCCUUGCCAUGGUAAACAUGAGGCCGUGAUGGUAAACAUUGAGUAAUAUUUGGCCUCGCGAUAUUGACUCUUAUGCAUGCAGACCCUCAUAGAUGCAGUUGCCCGUACUUCACGAUGGGGCGAUUUCUACUGUGUCUUCAAGUCAUUGCUCUGUUCUGGCACCAAGGUACCUCGAGUCAACUCGACAUCCCGCAGCUGUGCAAAGAUGAAGGCAUUGAUAUUCCCACCUCGGACCCUCAGUAUGUUGAACAACUUCAGUUGAGUGAACUCCGCGAGACUAUCACGUAUUUGCAAGGUCUAUUGGACUCGGGUUGUUCAGAGUUCUUGGGACGUUUUCUCUGCACCUUUUACCUACCACAACCCGAUGUGGUCGUCAACAACCCUUCGCGGGGCCUCGGUCCACCACACUACCGUCGACCUUGCCUCGAGGUGAGCCGGCAGGUAUGGAAAAGCUGCCGCUCCACUGCCCGCCAACUCCGCCUAGAUAGGACUGAGGAGUUUCGAUCGAGUCAUUACCGUAACGAGAAACAGGGCUGCCUAACAGUUGAAGAGCUGUACCCGCCAGCAGACGCACCGCUUCUGCACCCGCUUCAACAAUGUGAAGACAUCACCAUCCCCAUGUGUCCGCCCGAAAUCGGCUACACAAAGACAUCCAUGCCUAACUAUCUGGACAUGACCAAUCAAGAUGACGCAGGGCUGGAGGUGCAUCAGUAUUACCCCUUGGUGAAAGUUCAGUGCUCUCCACAUCUUCGGACCUUCCUCUGUGCAGUUUAUGUGCCCAGGUGCUUUGAUGACGGUUCCAGCCCGACCCAACGUGUCCCAUGCAGAGAGCUGUGUGAAGAAGCUAGGAGUGGAUGUAGGGAGCUCAUGAAUAAAUUUGGUUUCAGUUGGCCUCAAAGUCUUGAAUGUGAGAGACUGCCACGUCAAGAGACCGGAGCUUGCAAUAACGGAGGUUUACCAAUCGCUGCUCCUAGCAAAUGUGAUGACAUUACCAUCCCAAUGUGUAGUUCCGACAUCGGCUACACAAUGACAUCCAUGCCUAACUAUCUGAACAUGACAGACCAGGUGGAAGCAGCGCUAGAUGUGCAGAUGUUUUCCCCAUUGGUAGACCUUGGGUGCUCUCCGUAUCUUCGGAUCUUCCUAUGUGCGGCUUAUGUGCCCAGGUGUGUUGAAGAUGGUUCCAGUCCGACCCUACGUGUCCCAUGCAGAGAGUUGUGUGAAGAAGCUAGGAGUGGAUGUAGCGAGCUCAUGACCGAGGUUGGAUUUGUUAUGCCUGAAAAUCUUCAGUGCGAGAGACUGCCGCGUCGAGGGACUGGAACUUGCUACGAUGGAGGUUUACCAGUAGCUGCUCCUACCACAUGUGAAGACAUCACCGUCCCGAUGUGCCAAAUUGGCAUCGACUACACACAGACAGCCAUGCCUAACUAUUGGAACAUGGCUACACAGGAAGAAGCAGAGCGAGAGUUGCAACAGUUUUACCCCUUGGUGAACCGUCUGAGCUCUGUGAUUCUUCGAUCCUUCCUCUGUGCGGUUUAUGUGCCCAGGUGUAUUGAUGAUGGGUCCGGCACGACGCUCGGUGUUCCAUGCAGAGAACUGUGUGAAGAAAUUAAGAGUGGAUACAGCGAGCCCAUGGCUAAGUUUAGUAUCAAUUGGCCUGAAAAGCUUCAAUGUGAUAGACUGCCACGUCGAGAGACUGGAGCUUGCUAUAACGGAGGUUUACCAAUCGCUGCCUCUAGCCAAUGUGAAGACAUCACCGUCCCCAUGUGUAGUUCCGGAGUCGGCUACACAAAGACAUCCAUGCCUAACUAUCUGGACAUGACCAAUCAAGAUGACGCAGGGCUGGAGGUGCAUCAGUAUUACCCCUUGGUGAAAGUUCAGUGCUCUCCACAUCUUCGGACCUUCCUCUGUGCAGUUUAUGUGCCCAGGUGCUUUGAUGACGGUUCCAGCCCGACCCAACGUGUCCCAUGCAGAGAGCUGUGUGAAGAAGCUAGGAGUGGAUGUAGGGGGCUCAUGACUGAGUUUGGUUUCAGUUGGCCUCAAAGUCUUGAAUGUGAGAGACUGCCACGUCAAGAGACCGGAGCUUGCUAUAACGGAGGUUUACCAAUCGCUGCUCCUAGUAGCCAAUGUGAGGACAUCACCAUCCCGAUGUGUAGUUACGACAUCGGCUAUACAAUGACAUCCAUGCCUAACUAUCUGAACAUGACAAACCAGGUGGAAGCAGCGCUAGAUGUGCAGAUGUUUCGCCCAUUAGUAAACCUUGGAUGCUCUCCGUAUCUUCGGACCUUCCUCUGUGCGGCUUAUGUGCCCAGGUGUGUUGAAGAUGGUUCCAGCCCGACCCUACGUGUCCCAUGCAGAGAGUUGUGUGAAGAAGCUAGGAGUGGAUGUAGCGAGCUCAUGACCGAGGUUGGAUUUGUUAUGCCUGAAAAUCUUCAGUGCGAGAGACUGCCGCGUCGAGGGACUGGAACUUGUUACGAUGGAGGUUUACCAGUAGCUGCUCCUACCACAUGUGAAGACAUCACCGUCCCGAUGUGCCAAAUUGGCAUCGACUACACACAGACAGCCAUGCCUAACUAUUGGAACAUGGCUACACAGGAAGAAGCAGAGCGAGAGUUGCAACAGUUUUACCCCUUGGUGUACCGUCUGAGCUCUGUGAUUCUUCGAUCCUUCCUCUGUGCGGUUUAUGUGCCCAGGUGUAUUGAUGAUGGGUCCGGCACGACGCUCGGUGUUCCAUGCAGAGAACUGUGUGAAGAAAUUAAGAGUGGAUACAGCGAGCCCAUGGCUAAGUUUAGUAUCAAUUGGCCUGAAAAGCUUCAAUGUGAUAGACUGCCACGUCGAGAGACUGGAGCUUGCUAUAACGGAGACGUACCGGUAGAUGAUGAGGAUUCAGAAGAUGUUCCGAGCCGGACCACCGCGGUGGCAGCACGUCGUUAUGAACUCAAUGAUCUAGGGUUACCAUCACUGUUCCGAGGCUGGGUUGAUGUACAGGGACAAGGAGCGGCUAAUGACUACUGCAGGGUGGUGUCCAUAAGCACGCAGCCCUUCCUGUCAUGCGCACUGGCCGGCAUGCAGGGAGACGGAGAGUACAACUACAACAGUACGGGGGCGUGGUUUGACGCAGGUCACAUGGACACGUGGUACAUGAGAGAUGUCAAUCAAGAUGGGAGGGACGACUACUGCAGGUGUGUGGGUUGCAUACCCGAGACAUACAUCUCAUGCCUCCUCGCGGAUGACAGUGGAUUCUCAGGUGCGGUGUUCGACUUCCAGCCUCCCCAAGGAGGUUGCCACUACAUCAGGGUCAACCCAUUCUUUGGAACGCCGUAAAAAAUAAAACAUUUGCUGUUAAAGCUAUUUAAAAUAAUUACGUCCACAUAGCCUCUCUUUGUGUGUCUACUAUUGAUAACCGAAGACUUUAACAAAAGGGAUCAGGGAAAAAGUCACACCGGGGACAGUCCUCGGUAGAUUUUGUGUUCAAAACCAAUGG